AUGGGGCUCGAGCUGGAAACAGAGCGUGCAAUAGGUAAUCUUGGCAUGGUAAACUACCAACUCUUCCUGCUCAACCAUGACGAGGAGUACUUGGCUGUCGCCAUAAAGCAGUUGGAAGAACGGGUCGACAUAUGCCGACGGCUGAGAGCUCCAACAGACAGUCAGGAAGAUUCCCGUCGAAAGGCAGCGAAGGCUCAAACCGCUACAGCGCACGAGGCCAUCGCAUUCGCCCGUCUAUCCCUCUGUUACACUAUGCAGGGUCAUCUCGACAAGGCGAUUGGCGCAGCCUGGGAUUGUCAAAAACUGGCCAUCCAGUCGGGCGAUCCAAGCAAGAUUGCAUUCUCUAGGCUGUUCUACGGCAGAGCGCUGCUCUUGAAUGGACAAAAAGAAGAGUCGCUUGCUCAAUUCAACCCUUCAGACGGAUAUACGCCAGUCGCAGCUCUCUCGAAAGAGCCUUGCGAAGAAUACCGGGGCUACAUACGGGAAAUGAUCGAUGCUGGAGCGGAUUUGACUUUACGAGACACAUCUGGUUACUCAGCACUGGACUUUGCAGUCUACAGCGGUGAUGGGCAGACGCAGGAUAUUCUGAUCGAGGCUCUUCAGCGACAGCUCGGUCAAGACGAAGUUGAGCAGCAUCGGCUGGAAUCUACGCUUCGAAAGGGCUAUCGCGAACUUUUUCAGGAGGUAUUGCGACCGGUGCUGCUGGAAGCAGACAAUCGAUCCAGCAUAAAACGGCUGCGACAGGUGUAUGCGAGAACUCUUGCCACGGACGAAGAGAAAGCACACCAGUUUGACGCAUUCAAAUAUGUGCGUUUUUCUGACUUUGCUAGGCACGGGAAGCUGCCCAAAUCCAGCGAAAACCUGACACGCCGCUUCGGGGACGAUGAUGAUGAAGACCUUUACGUGAUUUUCAUGUCGUACACAUGGUCCAAGAAGAAGCGCGUUGGCGAAUUCUCUCCCGACGAUAUGGAGAACACCAAGUAUCAUCAAAUGAUGAGCGCCUUGGAAAGUUUCCUCUUAGAACACCCGUAUGUGGAUCCUAAAACGGUUGGUAUAUGGCUCGACUGGGCCUGUAUCGACCAGGACAACAGAGACAUACAGGCGCGCGGUGUCGCAGUACUACCCAUGUGUGUUGCACAAUGUAAUGCCAUGAUCAGUGUUACUGAGGAUAACUACUACGAACGGGCAUGGUGCUGUGUUGAAGUCAUCACCAUACGAGCUCUAGAAAGAUCGUAUCAUGCCCAUGGAUGGUACAAAUUCGAGUAUGACGCACGUCAAGAGAGGAAAGUACUUCGAGAUGGCAGAGUUACGGAAGAGCUAAGUGUGGUCUCCGCGAAGGUCACUGUGGAGAGCGAUCGCCCCAAGCUAGAGUUCCUUGAGAGGCAGGCAAAGCUUCUGGAUAUCUCAGCUGAUACAUGA